AUGAGGCAUUCGGCUUCUGAAUACCUGUUUUCCGAGCUGGAGAGGACGAUCCCAACUUCAAGCCCGUUGACGACCUCCUGCUGUGCGGUAGCGCCGCCGUCGACUAUGCCUCGUACGUCUCUAACGCUCAUCUAUCAAAUGCUCAUCCUAACCCUCCGGCCUCAUCCCCUACUGGAAGUUCGCGGUUCGAUCUAUCCUCUAACCGUUGACUUCGCCCCCACGCUAGUGUCUCUUCGAGCCAUGAAUUUCAAGGGUGUCGGCAUUCAAGGUCCGCUAGUUGCCUUGCGCAACAGUCUACACAGCUUGAUGAAAUUUGCGGCCGAGAAGAUUGUCCUGACGACGAUGGCUUUCCCGUUGAUCGAGGGUGGCGUUGAUGCCAUGGAGACGCUUCAGAAUGGAAAGAUGAGAACAGGUCGACGAUGCAGAUACGCAGCAAAUUCAGAGCCCCCAAAGGAUGUGGAUCCCCAGCGUGCACAGAAUUGGACGGUGAACCAGUUUCCUGCCGCCUACUUCCUAGACCACCAAGUCUUUCGCCACUGUCGAUCUGGAGGCUCUGGUGGCGUCGAUGCAGAUAUAGGGGGCCGGAAUCGCGUCUUCUCAUCGACAAAUGUAUGCCUUGCUGAAACACCAGCUUGUCUCACUGAAAGUAGCUGGUGCUUUCAAUAUCACUGUCCUUCAAUCGAUGAUCUUGGAUACAUCGUAUGA